CCACAAUCGGCCGUCCCCGUUCUCCAAGUUUUUUUUCGGGUCCCCGUCUCGUUUUCUGCCUCGUUCCCCGUUCCAGUACCGUGUAGGAUCCCAAAGUUUCUGUAUUCAUCAUGUCUGCAAAGGUUUACGUUGGAAAUUUGAGUUGGAAUACCACCGAUGACACGUUGCGCCAAGCUUUCUCCGAGUUCGGUGCCAUACUUGAUUCCAUCGUCAUGAGGGAUCGCGAGACUGGUCGCUCGCGCGGCUUCGGCUUCGUCACUUUCGGUACCCCUGAGGAGGCGGACGCCGCCAUCAACAACCUUAACGAGCAGGAGCUCGACGGCAGGAGGAUUCGCGUUAACCUCGCCAACGCUAAGGGCAGCGGUGGUGGAGGUGGAGGAGGCUUCGGUGGUGGAGGAGGAUACGGCGGAGGCUCCGGUGGAGGCGGAUAUGGUGGUGGUGGCCGUGGCGGCUACGGUGGCGGAGGCUACGGUGGCCAACAGAGUGGUGGCUACGGUGGCGGAGGCUACGGCGGCCAGGGAGGCUACGGUGGUGGUCCCUCUUACUAA